UGCUUCCAACACAAUAUCAAAUUGAAGAAGAGUUGGUAUGAGAGUAACAAGGGAGUUGCUGCUUGUGGAAAGCAAAACUACAGUAGAACCUCAAUAAUCUAAGGGUGGAAACUGGUUGGAAAUGAACUGCUCUAACGAAAAAGACACGCCUCCCGCUAUCAGAUUGCGUGCAUUACGAUAACACUUGCUCAAAUCUGUCUUAUGAGAAUUAACUGAUAUGCCAACUGAGGUGACAUUAUUUAAUGAUGUUUGUUCUUCAAUACAAGUCAAGAGCAGGAGCGGUGUCAGAUAACCUUGGAUAUUAUCUUUCUCAUAACAACGUUCAUCGGUAAUCAUAACCUCUCAGUAGUUUGUCGCUAACUGGAGGAAUAGCACGCAUCCAUACAAAAGCGAAGCAAAAUGAAACUAAAGUUCAGUGGUUUGAUGGCACCGGUUCUCACGCCCUUCAACGAUGACAGGGAUCAGACUGUCAACUUGGAUAUUAUUCCAGAAUAUGCCAAAUAUCUCAAAAGCAUAGGAAUUUUGGGAGUUCUGGUUAAUGGAACGAGCGGGGAAGGAAUGUCCAUGACAGUAUCGGAGAGAAAAGCAGUUACAGAAGUAUGGGCAAAAGCAGUGAAGGAAACAAAACAAUCUCUGAUGGUACAGGUUGGAGGAGCUUGUCUCAAAGAUGUUCAAGAAUUGGCUAAACAUUGUGAGGAACAUGGAGUAGAUAGUCUCCUCUGCCUUCCUGAUCUCUUUAACAAGCCAGCCACUGUGGAUGAAUUGGUUACAUAUUUGGGAAUAGUAGCAUCAGCUGCUCCGAAGACUCCACUACUUUAUUACCAUUUACCUGGAUACACAGGAGUUAACUUGGAAAUGUCAAAGGUAUUGGCAGCUGCUUCUGCAAAAAUUCCAUCAUUUGCAGGUGCAAAGUACACUCACACUGAUCUGCAAGAAGGUGUACGCUGCUUGAAAGUGAAUGGAGGAGACAUUAGCAUGUUUCUAGGUUGUGAUGAGGUUCUGGCAGGAGCUUUUGUUCUGGGCUUUGACUCUGCAAUAGCAACAACUUUAAAUAUGGUACCAGAUCCAUCUCACAAAAUCUUAGCUGCUAUAAAGAAUAAUAGCAAUAAAGAUGCACGAGAUCAGCAGAUCAAGUUGAAUGAGCUAAUUCGUAUCAUGACAAGAAAUGGUGGAUGGGUGGCAACAAUGAAAGUUGCAAUGAAUGUGAUAACGCCUAUUAACGUGGGGAGACCUCGCCCACCACUGACUGCGCUGACUGAGGCGCAAAUUACACAAAUGAAAACAGAACUCAAAUCUUUGAUUCAAGUGAAGUGACUUUAACAAAAAACAACAACUUUUUUUUGUGUCUGUAUGUUAUGGCUGUAGGAGAAUUUUUGGUUGAAUAUAUUGCUAAGGAAAUGUACAUAAAUUUACACUUAUUUCUGAUAUUUAUAUACUUUUUAAGUCAUAUAUUGAAAUAUAUACAUACAAUUAAUAAUCUAUGAUCUCCCUGCACUACCCUCUUCAUCAGUGAAGUUUAAAAAAAGUUUACAUCUUCCAAUCCUUCAGGCAUGUAUUGCAAGUUGGACUCAUCUUUGUGUAACAUAUUGUAACCUUUUGCAUAUCCUAAAAAAACAACAGACAAUUCUUGAAAAUGGACAGAAUUAGUUAGGAAUAUGAAAUAAAUGGUAGCUGAUGUAUGACUUCAAAUAAUUAGUAAAUAAACUUCAUGCCUGCAUACUGAUAUAUCAAUUCAG